GCACCCUCAGUAAGGCUGUUAGUGCCAGCGCCAGUGGUCAGCGCUACGAAAACCCAAACAAACAUCUACAGUCGAUUUAUUUCAAACCUUCAUAGUUACGAAAGGUGUUAAGUUGGUCAUAUUUAGAGAACAUACACACAUUUGAAUACGUCUAUAUUGGAGUGUAUCGUGCUCAGGAGAAGGUCCAGUCUGUACCUGUGCAGAUCCCAGUGAGAGAACAGACAACCACACUGAAAAACUCAUCCAAAAACUCAAGUGAAGAAGAGGCUCGACUUUUCUCCCAGAGAACAUCUUGAAGACAUCUUGAGGAUAAUGCUUUGGAAAUAUACAUUUUGCUGAAGGACUGUUGUGCAUCGCAUGACAUGACGUGAAGACCUUUUGACGUGGGGAGAUUUUUGCUUAUUUUCGAGCUUGCUCAUCUAUGAAAUCAGAACUUCACGAUCAAUCUGCUUCAUUCAGAAAACCCCAGAUAGAUAAAUGGGCAUCUUACAGAUGUGAUAUUAAAACCUAUAACGAGAAAGACGACAUUACAAUGCAUCAUUCAGCAGCAUCUCUAUUUCAUUAACAAUAACUGAAAAUGACGGCAAUGUAACAUAGGGUUUAACUUCCUUCAUUGUCAUGUGACUUUGAACCUUUGAUCAUUAUUUUCUUCAAACUCAGACAGUCCUCUUCAUCAGUUUAAUGAGGUGAGCAGUGGUUUUGGUGACCUGCAUUGCCGAUAAAAGACUGUCCCUGAACACCUUUUUCUUUUCUGCAUGCGUUUCGGUAGAUCUUAAAAUGAUUCGGUAAAAGGUCAACGAGAAAACCUACUGGCACGCAGUGUGGCAGGCAACACCUGUGUCUCUCCCCAUCCAUCUGGUGUCAAAGUGGAACUGCUACACAAACUGCUGUCUGUAUCCCAGGGCAGAGGACUUCCAUAGACUGCUGCCUUUGAGUAAAAAGUACCCAUCCAUUUAUUUACCAAUCAGCAUAAAGUCCAAUCAGUGUUGCUCCUGACAAGAGGGCAAAUGGUUCAGAUGAGCCUGUGAAGGAUUUAAUCUGCCCGAACUGGAAACUGUAGCACAGAAUUCCUCAGAGACGUGACCGGCACACAAGCGGCUCCAGAAUCUGGUUCAAAGAGGAAAAUUGUCGCCUUAUAAACCUAUACCCUUCUGCUUUCCACAAAUCUACUCUUCACCGGGCCAGCUUUUUCUGGAUCGCAAUUCCAGAUCAUUCCUGCGACCUUUUGACCCAUCUCCCAGUGUUUCACCCUGGACGAAGGGAUCUGCCUCUGGGGAAAAGGGCUGUGUUGUCCUGGUGGAGGUGGAGAGGGGGUCGUGGGCGUGCUGCUCCCCGUCUGUCAGUGCACACACUUGAUCAGUGUGAUCAGUGCCAGCAGGCCUGAGGAAGCGAGCCCAGCCGGACUGAGAGAGGAGGCAGAGGACUUCAGAGCCACAGACUCUGGGAUCCUGGCCAUGAGGUUUGAUGCCUCAUUCCACUGACCGGAAACACUGGACCUAAAUGGCGCAGCAUGACUUUGUCCCUGCCUGGCUUAACUUCUCCACGCCCCAGCCUGCCAAGUCCCCUGCUGCCAACCUUGAGAAACAAGGUGAGCCCCACCUCCACAGAGACGGCAAAACCGCUGUGAGUCGCCGCCGCCACAACUCCUCCGAUGGCUUCUUUAACAACGGCUCCCUGCGCGCUCCAUCAGGUGACGGCUGGCAGCAGCCCUCUCUGCUUCUGAGGCAUGACUCGGUGGACUCGGGGGUGGCCAAAGGAGGACACGGUGGGCUGGCGGGGGGCUCCUGUUGGAAGGAGACACCCAGCUGGCAUGGAGCUCCAAGGGGAGCCCCGGAUGGCCACCACCACCAGGGACGCCACCCUAAACGGGUAGGAGGCGACAGGGACAGGCAGGUGGGGCACCGGCAGCGCAACGGCAACUUUCAUCCCCGCAAGGGCACCUCGUACCAGGACAAGUUCCCCAACGAGGAACGCAAAGAUGGCAAGGACGACAAGCUCAAGUUCGUGGAAGAGGACUUUCCUUCCCUCAACCCUGAAACAACUGGAAAGCCUGGGACUCAGAUGCGAGCAGUGGCUCCACAUGCUGGAGUUUGGGAAAACCCCCCUAGUGGCAAACAAAUGGUCUCCAAAAUGCUGGUAAUCAAAAAGAUUUCCAAGGAGGACCCCAGCACAGCCUUUUCUGCAGGCUUUGCCACUGCUGGCGCCUUGCCCACCAACGGCAGCAAAGCUCCCAUCACGGGCUCCAGUGUCUACAAGAACCUGGUCCCAAAGCCUGCCGUGGCCCCCACCAAAAGCACCCAGUGGAAAUCCGGUGGUAGAGAGAUCGCGAAGUCUGGUCUCCACAUGCCAGGUCGAGAUUCAGUCUUCACCAGCCCUGUCUCUGCAGCCAAACCCAGCACCCCCGUCAGUGCACCACAGCACAACACCCCAAAAGAGCACCCUUCCAGCACGACUCCUCCCAUAGACAUUGCCCCGUCGAGGCUGAAGCUAAUGCGCCGCGGUCCAGACCGUAAGAGCGAGUUCCUGCGGGCUCUGAAGGACGAGGGGACAGGAGAGCUGACAACAAGCAGCAGUCCAGGAACUUCAGGAGAGGGUGAAAGCAGCACCCCAGAGCCCAAAGCCUACAGCGAGGAGGUCUGUCAUGAGAACGGUCUGUCCUACUCCCUCAGUGACUCAGAUACCGAACACCUGUCCAGCUCCCUGGAGGCAGAGCACCGGUUGUUGAAGGCCAUGGGCUGGCAGGAGUACCCAGAAAACGAUGACAACUUCCUGCCUCUGACCGAGGACGAGCUGAAAGAGUUCCAGACUAAAACCGAACAGGUAGGUGUUCAUCAUGUUUCGUCCUUGAAAACAAGCCUCCACAACCAAGAAAAAUCACAGCUGAAGAGGAACGGCAUGCAGAAGAAUGGGGCUCUCCCAAGGGCGCGGGGUGUCACCCUCCACUUCACCCCCUGGAGGAGUGUGGCGGAGGCGAACGUCGAGGAGGGCUCCGAGUCUGAAACCAGUAGCAGCAGCCAGACCUCCGACGACGACGACUGCAUCAAAUCCUAACGUGGCUUUACGGAACAAAAAAAAACAAACAAACAACAACAACAACAACAACACAACAGCCAACACAACAUCCCAGCAAGCAAUCCCCCUCUUCCUCUCUCAUCUUUGUUUUUAGAGCACCAUUUUGAAUUUUCUUUUUGUUUUGAUUUUUGUUGUCAUUCUUGCACAAGGGAAAAACCAAUCAUAUCCCAGUGAAGGGGGAGAUUCCUGCUCCGCCAGACGUUGUUUUCCCUGCGUGUCCUCCUUCACUGAAGUCCCUGCCCUCUUUGACCUCUUCUCCACCCCUCCACCCUCACCCCCACCCCCUCCUUUUUCUUCCUCGCUUUGUGGAACUGAAGUGUUCAUCAAGAAAAGAAGGGCAAUGAAUGCACACUUGAUUCUGCUUUAAACAGACUAACUCAUUUCAUUGAUGAUGCUGAUGACACAUUAUUAAUGAUAUUAAUAAAAAUUGGUUCCUGACAAGCUGAUAUGUUUCAAUAUGAA